GGAAAUUGCCGGGAAUAAAACCCCGCCGUUGACCGUCCGACGCCGGAGUUAAACCUCCGCCGUCGCGCAGUCGGUUCCUUCAAAAUUUCCUCCAUUGAAGAUUUGAAAUCAGCUGAUUGCAGAUGAAGAUCGUUAAAACGCUUUAUGUUUCUAGCUUGCUACUACUGCUGUCGAAAGUUCUUCACUGCGCCGAUUCUUACAAUGUAGGAGAUCCCGUCCCGUUUUUCGUCAACAAAAUUGGACCUCUCCAUAAUCCUAGUGAAACAUACCAAUAUUAUGAGUUGCCUUUCUGCCAUCCAGGCCGAGUUCUUGAAAAGAAAGAAAGCUUCGGGGAGCUUUUAAAUGGUGAUCGGAUGGCAAAUGCUCUGUACAAGUUGGAAUUUGCAGUGAACAAAACUGGCGAAAAUCUGUGUCACAAAAAGCUUAGUAAGGAUGAUGUCGCGAAAUUCAGAGAUGCUAUAAAGAAAGAUUAUUACUUCCAGAUGUAUUAUGACGAGCUUCCCCUGUGGGCAUUCAUUGGAAAAGUUGAAGAUGACAAUACAGGACCUAAGUAUUUUCUAUUCACCCAUGUUAACUUUUAUGCUCUUUACAACGGGAAUCAUGUCAUUGAAAUCCAUGCCUUGAGCGACCCAAAUCGCGCCGUAGAUGUAACAGAAGAUGCUGCUCUUGAAGUUGAGUUUUCUUAUUCUGUGUUUUGGAGUGAAACCUCGACACCAUAUAUGAAUAGAAUGGCGAGAUACUCGAGGGCGUCCUUACAUCCUGUCCUCCAAAAGAUUCAUUGGUACUCGUUUGCUAAUUCAAUCAUCACUGUCAUUCUGCUCACGGGUCUUCUUACCAUGCUCUUCACGCGGCAUCUCAAGAAUGAUUUAAGAAAAUGGUCGAUUGGUGAUGAAGAGGAGGAUGAGGUUGGUCGUAAAUACAAUUCUGUGCACGCUUUAGUAUGCCCGAAAAACAUCCCAUUAUUCUCUGCAGUUAUGGGUUGCGGCACACAGCUGUUGACCUUGGUUAUCCUCUUAUUUUUUCUCGCAUUGCUCGGAGCCAUCUAUCCUUACAGCCAUGGCUUAAUCUCGACGUAUACAUUCACAUCUUACAUUCUUACAUCUGCAAUUGCUGGCUAUACAUCUGCAUCCUUUUGCAGCCAACACGCCGAGACUGGUUGGAAAUGGAGCGCCGUCUUAUCAGGAAUGCUCUUUAUAGUUCCUUUUACAGUUGCAGCGUUCUUCCUCAACACACUGGCUACAUAUUUCGGAGUUACUUCAGCACUUCCUCUCGGAACAAUAUUUUUAAUUCUUCUCAUUUACUUCUUCGUCGCCUUGCCAUUACUUGUCUUUGGUGGAGUGAUUGGACACCGCCACAAAUCUGAUCUGCACGUGCCGCCUGUCGCCAAGAAAUAUGCAAAAGAGGUUCCCUCGCUCGCCUGGUACCGUAAAACUCCAGCCCAAAUGUUCAUUGGAGGGCUUUUACCUUUCAGUGUCGUUGUCAUGCAGCUGCACAACUUAUGCAGUACCAUAUGGGGAUACAAAGUCUACACCUCUCCCGGGAUUUUGUUCGGUACAUUCACAGCUCUUGUUGCGACCACGGCCUUAUUGAGCAUUUGCUUGACGUAUUUUCAGUUAGCCGGAGACAACCACGACUGGUGGUGGAGGUCUAUAUUAUCCGGGGGCUCGACCGGGAUAUUCAUGUUUGCCUACUGCAUAUACUUUUACCUGAAGUCAUCGGAUAUGCGCGGCGCGCUGCAGGCAUCCUUCUUUCUUGUAUACAGCGGUUGCUUGUGCUAUGCAUUCUUCUUGAUGCUCGGAACUGUGAGCUUUCAGGCGUCGUUGCUGUUUGUCCGGCGCCUAUGCCGCGCCGGUAAGAACGAAUGAGGUUGUUGUCUUAUGAUGUCCUGCCACCCAUCCGCAGGUACGCUAUACACACUCACUUUUAUUCUACUAAUUUUUUGUUUGUCACUUUUUUGUCCUAAUACAUGCUAGAAUGAUUGAAAACGGGGUUUCCAAUUGUACUAAAAAAAUGUUUGGUUGAUCCAUUUUUCUCUGGAAAAAUACACUCCAUUUUCUCAUGUAUUUGGGUUUAGGUCACAUCCUCUUUGCUAGAGCAUGGAAUUGGUCUUAGGGGUUAUGUAUAGGAGUCUAAU